AUGGCGUCACGGAUAUAUAGGUUACUCACACAGCUUGCCGCCUGUCUCGUAGUGGCAUGUGUGUGCGUAUUUGCCGCAGAGUUGAGGUUAGAUAUAAAUGAACCUCAAAUGGGAUUAAAUACUGAUACACACAAAGAAUACAACAAAGACACAAUACACCGCAAUGUACAUAACUUAGGCACAGUGAACACUGACUCAGAACAAAUGCACGCACAGCUACACCGGGGGUCUCGAGAUACCCUCAUCGAAAGGGUAGACGACAGAGAUAGUGAUCGUGAAAAUGCCAUCAAGAACAAGGAAGCAGAGUUGACAGGGUCAGGCCUGAAUGCACAUGCCGAUUUGAGGGGGAGAGAUGGCGAGGGAGUUAUAGAACAAAAUAUACACUCAAGGCAUAAUCAUGGAACCGAUGAGAAGAAGAUUGUUCAAGAGGAGUUGGAUGUAUUAGACAAUGAUGGCGGGUUUGUACGUGGGCGUAGAGAUCAAGAUGUAGAUACUGGAGACGGUACAAAGAAGAGGAAUAGGGACGUGAAGGACGACAACGGUGUGGACCAUAUACUUGUAGAACAUAGUAAGAAGCAUGUAUCUAUGGAUGGGAAGCAAAUAGGUGACAAGGAUAUACCGGUAGGUGGUGCUGAUGCGCAUAAGAAGGUAGAGGGUGGUAUUGCAGACGCUUUACUUGCGGCCAAGGCACAGGCAUUGGGCGAGAAAGCUGUGCGUGUGGAAAAUGAGUUGGAAGUAGAUGGGCAUGUGAAUGUACUGUUUGCCGAUUCGGGUGCAAAUCGCAAUCAGGAUGAAGUGGUUGAGGGGAAUGGGAAGGAAGGGAUCGAAAGAGAUUUAGCAAUCGAAGGGGACGUUAUGGAUGGCGAUGUGGUUGUUGAGGGGUUGGGAUCCAAGUACAAUGGAUUGGCCAACAAAGUGCAUGCUGAUAGUGGCAAUACUGAGAAAGGGGGUGUUAUAGAAGAUGAUAAGGGUGGUAAAGCUCAUGCCGAUGGUCUAGGUCAGGAUGUUAACGGACCGAAAGUAUUGGCGGAACAGUUGGCCUUGGAAAAGGCAGCACAAAGGGAAGAGAAGAAGAACGCUGACAACAUAAAAGCAAAGGUAAACAAACAAAGCAAGAAUAUGCACGUAGACAUGUACAACAACGCGGAUGCCGCAGAUGAGGACUAUGAUGAGAGUGAUGGCGACUCACACUACAACGACGACAACAACAGCGAGACAGCCGACGAAGAUGAAGACGAAGAGGAAUCUCAAGGGGAAGGCCAGGAGAGGUAUCUGGAGCCCAUCUUACCCGAACACCAUGCACUGGUGGGGUUGGGUAAGCACGGGUAUACAUCUGUGGACGACUACGGCGCAGUGGCCGAUGGGGUGACCUUGAAUACCGACGCGAUUAACCUGGCCAUAGGCGCAGUUAACGCCAUGGGUGGGGGUACGGUGGUGUUUCCCGGUCCCGGUGUGUAUCUCACGUCGACUAUAUUUAUGAUGAGUGAUAUCCGGGUGUUGAUUGAGAAUGGAACUACGGUGAUGUCAACGACAGAGCCGAGUCUGUGGCCCACGAUACGCCAUCGGUUUGGCGUGCUGAUGUGUGGGGGCCAGAUGGGACGAUACUACCAGCGCAAAUUUGUGGGGGGUCCGCUGUUCUUCUGCCACUUGUGUAAUAAUAUUACUAUGGCGGGGAAGGGGGGGGUGGUAGAUGGCCAGGGUGGACAUUGGUGGGACAGGAAGCAAGGAAAGGGCUUGUACAGAGGGUACUUGGCGAUGUUUAUUAAUAGCACAAACAUACACAUCACAGACCUGACUUUCCAGAACUCGGCGGCCUGGAACAUCGUGCCCAAGUACUGCACGAAUGUGACUAUUGAUAGAGUGAGUAUAUACAACCACUAUGUCAAGGGACACAACACCGAUGGUGUAAACCCGUACUCGAGCAAGAACGUCAACAUCACCAACACCGUGAUUGUUACCGGAGACGACUGCAUCGCGGUCAAAUCAGGCCCGAGACCCUCCUGUGGCAUUCCUUCGGAGAACAUACUGGUCAACAAUGUCACGUGUGUGGGGUCGCACGGGCUGACUAUUGGGUCGGAGAUGAAUGCGGGGGUGCAGAAUGUGGUGUUCUCCAACGUGACGAUUGAUGGCAGGAACACGCCCAGUUCUCAGGGCAUCCGCCUCAAGUCGGUGCGGGGCCGGGGCGGGUUUGUGCGGAAUAUACUGUACGAGAACAUCCGUAUACACAACGUCAAGAUCGGCAUUCAGGUUACUUUGAACUACCGCGAUGUGGACCCGUCUGUGAUGCCAGUACCGCACUUCAGCAACAUUACCGUGCGCAAUGUAUACGGCACCAAGAUCCACCGCGAGAUAGGCACCUUUGACGGCCUUCCAGAUGCGCCAAUAGACGGGGUGUCCCUCGAGAAUGUGUUCUUGUUCGCGUCGGCGAAUGCCAAGGGACUACAGUGUAGCCAGACGAUUAAUGCAAAGUUCAAUAGGGCGUUCCCUCCACCCGAUAUGACGGGUAGUUGUGUGCAGGAUAGGUGGGGGGUGCUGCUGGAAGCGCUCGGGUGGAGCUAUGGCUUGUUCUCAUGGCCACGGUGGCUAUCGACGAGGAUGUUCUUCUGGCUACUUUAAAACUUCGAUACAUAUAUAUCUAAGGGUACAGCUUUGACGAGUAUAACCUUGUAU